ACCGAACACGUUCUGAGGCCAGACCGCAUCUACGAGCCAGCUCUCCUUCUCCAAGUCCGCGGCGUCUAAGGACUUUUUCCGUAACGGGGGGAGUUUACUGAUCUAUCUUCUCGUUCUAAUCACGUCGUGUCGUGCCUUUAUCCUGAAAUUAGGGUUAGGGUUUUGGGAAGGUUCACCAAUGGCAAUGAUGUAUGGCGAGCAGCAGCAGGGACUUCCCAUGCGGCAGACUUCCGCUUCCUCGAGUAAUAUCCCGGCCGACUACUCACAGGCGCACCCCCCUCCUCCCUUCGACGCUCAUGGUGACAAUUUUGCUGCUAAAAGAAUGAGAAAGCUUGUUCAGCGGCGAGCUGUUGAUUAUACAAGCACUGUUGUGAGGUAUAUUCAGGUUCGUACAUGGCAGCGAGAUGCUAGAGAAAGGACAAUACUGCAAGCUACUCCUGCUGCCGCUAUUGAUAUGUUACCAACUGUUGCUUAUGCUGAUAAUCCAUCCACAAGUUUUGCUGCUAAAUUUGUCCACGCGUCUACCAACAAAAAUAGAUGUUCUAUCAAUAGAGUCUUGUGGACUCCUACAGGACGGCGUCUAAUCACUGGGUCACAGAGUGGUGAAUUUACACUUUGGAAUGGGCAGUCUUUUAAUUUUGAAAUGAUCCUUCAGGCUCAUGAUCAAGCAAUUAGAUCUAUGGUGUGGAGCCACAAUGAAAAUUGGAUGGUUACAGGCGAUGAUGGGGGUUCAAUCAAGUAUUGGCAAAACAACAUGAACAAUGUGAAGCUAAACAAAUUUGCACAUAAAGAAUCAGUUCGCGAUUUAAGUUUUUCUAGAACUGAUUUAAAGUUCUGCUCCUGCUCGGAUGAUACUACUGUGAAGGUUUGGGACUUUGCGAGGUGUCAGGAGGAGAGAUCGCUAACUGGCCAUGGUUGGGAUGUCAAGAGUGUUGACUGGCACCCAACGAAGUCAUUACUUGUAUCAGGUGGAAAAGAUAAUCUUGUAAAACUUUGGGAUGCCAAAACAGGGAGAGAGCUUUGUUCAUUUCAUGGCCACAAAAACACAGUGUUGUGUGUCAAAUGGAAUCAAAAUGGAAACUGGGUUCUUACUGCAUCGAAGGAUCAAAUCAUCAAGCUAUAUGACAUUAGAUCCAUGAAAGAACUUGAAUCAUUUCGUGGACAUCAAAAAGAUGUAACUGCUUUGGCUUGGCAUCCAUUUCAUGAAGAAUAUUUUGUUAGCGGGAGUUUUGAUGGAUCCAUCUUCCAUUGGCUUGUAGGGCAUGAGACACCUCAGGUUGAACUGCCUGGUGCACAUGAGAAUUCUGUGUGGGAUCUUGCUUGGCAUCCUAUUGGCUAUUUACUAUGCAGCGGUGGAAAUGAUCAUGCUACAAGGUUUUGGUGUAGAAACCGGCCUGGAGAUCAAGCCCGUGAUAAAUACAAUGCCUUCCAUGCCCAAGGUUAUGGUGACCCCAAUCCUCAUCUCACUGGCCGACCAAUGAGUGGUUACCCGAUGCCUGAAGCCCCACCGACGCCUGGAGCUUUUGCUGCUGGAUUGUCACGAAAUGAAGGGACUAUUCCUGGUAUUGGAGUUGCAAUGCCACUAUCUGUUCAAUCUCAUGAUGGUUCUGAUCAAGAGCAACGGCCUCAGAUUCCAGGAAUUCCACUUGGUGGAGCACCUCCUCUUCCACCAGGUCCCCACCCAUCUCUUUUGGCAGCUGGACAGCAGCAAGCAUAUCAGCAGGUUGCUCAGCAAUUGCCGCAACAGCAGCAGCAGCUUCCGCCAUUUCCUCAGCAGAUGGUCCCUAUGCCUCUAGCACCUCCAAAUAUGAGCCACUUGCAGCCUCCGGCACAUAUACCGCUCCUUCCUCAUCACUUAUCUCGGCCGCCACCCCCUCAAAUGCCAUCCCUUGGCAUGCCUGGUUCCAUGCCCAUGCCUUCAUCUAUGGUUCCAUCACCCAUGUCUAUGCCUAAUCCCAUGAUAAUGCAGGGUUCUGCUAAUCAGAUGAUAUCUCCAUUGCCUCAAGCGCAUAUGAUGGGUCUUAACCAAAUGCAGCAGCCAAUUGCAAUCCCCAAUAGUAACUUACAGCCAAGCAUGGGAGGCUUUGCCGGUGGCCUGCCAAACCUUCAGAAUGCGCCGAACUCAGUUGUACAGAAUUUUCCUAUGGGUGGACUGUUUAACCGACCACCGGCAGGAAUGAUUAAUCCCAUUCAGGGAUUGAGUGCCUUUCAGCCUGGAAUGAUGGAUGUGAGGGCACCUGGAGUGGGCCUCGUUGGGAACAUGGGACUUCCGCCGCCAUCCCAGAGUUCAGGACCCCAAUAAACUUAUUUCACAGGACUUCCAGGUGAAAAUUCGGAUUGUUUGAAACUAUACUGAAGGGUUCCUUAAAUAUCUGUUUUUUGUUUGUUAUGGUUUUUUAUCAGGUACUCGCUAAUUUAGCUUUGUUUCUAACUAAUCUAAACCAGGAUUCCUAUAAUUGAGAAGCACUUUUUAUUGUGAUAGAUGUUUGAUAGCAGUACUAUUUAGGUUAAUUGAAUAGUAUAUAAACUUGAUUUUGUUACCAAAUAUUUGGUUUAUUUAACAUUUGUUUUUAAGUUGUUUUUAAUAUCUUGUGAUGUUAGUCUGA